CGCCUGUGCUCAGCUCCAUUUUGCUUUCUAUAUUGUGAGGCAGGACGGAGCCACAAAAAGUAAAAACAAACUGGUGCGGACCUGAAAGAUCAGCAUGAAUGCGACCUGAACAUUCUUUUAAUUGACAGAAAACAAAAAAAACUUUUACGGAAACCGGAAGUGCGGCGGCUUUUAUAGUGAAGUUCCCUCUGCUGAUAUGAGGAUCGGAUGUUAGCAGCUGUGGUUUCAAGCUUCGUAGCAGGAGGACGUGGGGGGGCGGCAUGGAUAAGGUCCGGAGGGUCCUGGUCUACGUGUGGAAGGAGCGCGGGGCCCCCCAGCAGGCCCCGUUCCUGCAGAGUUUGACGGCUCACUUCUCUGACGGCGAGGAUGAGGAGGUGCAGGUGAGCUGCUCUCUGCAGAGAAACCAGUUUCUCCUGUCCCGAGGAGAUGAAGGACGCCGCGUUCCUCUGAAGCGGGCGUCCUUCUGUCCCAUCAAGCACCUGUCGCCCGCCGAGGCGGCCGCCGUCCCGCCGGACGUUCGGCAGCGUGGGGUGGACGUGGGCGUGUCCGUCGUGCUGCAGACGGCCGACCGCAGGCUGCUGCUGACGCGGCGGGCGAAGGAGCUGCGGAUCUUUCCCAACGUGUGGGUUCCUCCAGGAGGACACGUCGAGCCUGAGGAGACGAUGCUGGAAGCGGGUCUGAGGGAGCUCCAGGAGGAAACCGGACUCCGGCUGGAUCCAGAGGGGGUGUCCUCUCGAGUCCUGGGACUGUGGGAGUCGGUGUUCCCCCCCCUGCUGUCCAGAGGUCUUCCUCACAGACACCAUGUGGUGGUCUACCUGCUGCUGCUCUCCCCCCACUCACACCUGCAGCUCCAGUCGUCUCUGAGCCCCUCCCCCGCCGAGGUCAGCGCCUGCGUGUGGGUCGACAGCCGGCUCGCCCGGGCCAUCGUGGCCGCCGUGGACGGAGAAGACGGCGAGGUUCCCGUGGACCAGCUGCCCAGCAGCUUCAGGGUGAUGGAGGUGUCUGCAGACGGAUCUCUCAGCGAGUCUCUGCUGCCGCCGUCCGUCUUCAUCGGUCGAGUCCCUUCCAGCGGUCCAGAUGUGGAGCGGGUCAGCACCGGAACCAAAUACGCUUUGGACCUGUGGCUGAGGAGCCUGGACGCCAGCACACCCUGAGCAGACCCCCCCCCACCCCCACCCCCACCUAAAAUACAAUUGAAAAAUAAAUCAGGAGACAGUGAUGUCAAGAAUGCGUUGGGCUUUCUAAAGCGGUAAAAGCAGAGGAAUGGCGUCUGAGUGACCCGGUGUGACCUCAGCCCGUCCCAGAACCGCGUGCAGUACCUUAGGCCGCCAACAGGUGGCAGCAGAGACCUCUGAUCAGCUCCAGCAUUUUCAUGUCAGGUCCAGAACCCUCUUCUUCAUCCAUCAGUCCAGUGGAGGCGGCCUCGUCUUCAUCACUUUAUGUACUUCUAGAACAGAAAUCACACAGAUUGGAUUGAGUUCCUGGAUUCUGUCAUGACAUUAAAUCUAUACUUUAACCUGC